UUUCGUCAAAAUUAGAUGUCACCUUUUCAUUUCGUUCAAAAUGGCAUUUACCGGAAAAUAUGAACUACGUUCUCGUGAGAAUUUCGAGCCUUUCAUGAAGAUGAUCGGUCUCCCUGAUGAACUUAUCGAACAAAAUAAAGAAAUAAAGAGCAUCUCGGAGAUCGAGCAGAGUGGUGACCAAUUCAAAGUGACCAUAACGACGGGAGCCAAGGUUCUAGUCAACUCCUUCACCGUGGGACAACCAACCGAGCUGGAGAUGAUAACAGGAGAAAAGGUCAAGACUGUCGUGAGACUGGAGGGUAACAAGCUGACGGCGUUGCUGAAUGGUGUUGAGUCUGUGACUGAACUUGUCGAUGAGAAUACGCUAGUCAAUUCUUUGAUUUUAGGAGGCGUGACAUACAAGGGGAUCAGCAAACGCAUGUAGAGCUGCAGGGCUCUAUGUGGCAUGAUGCAAAUAAACU